AUGGGCAUCGCGUCCCUCCUUCCGACGCUGAAAUCCAUCUCAAGACACGCGCACGUCGGCGAAACGUACGCGGGACAAGUCGUUUGCGUCGACGCCUACGUCUGGCUUCAUCGCGGUGCCUACGCGUGCUCGCGCGAGCUGUGCGAGGGAUUGCCGACGCGCAAGCACGUGGAAUACUUUUUAAAUCGCGCGCGAACGCUGAAACGGGCGAACGUGCGGGCGAUAUACGUGUUCGACGGUGGACGAUUGCCGGGGAAGGCGAACGAGGAGGCGCAGCGGAGACGAAAUCGAAGCGAAGCGCUGGCCAAGGCGAAAGCGCACGCGAGGCAGGGGAACGCGAGCGCGGCGAAUGAUUUUUAUGUGCGAGCGGUGGAUAUCACGCCGGAGAUGGCGCGGGAGGUGAUCGAGGCGCUGGCGAGGGAAGGAUUCGAGAGCUUGACGGCGCCGUACGAGGCGGAUGCGCAGAUGGCGUACUUGGUGAAGAAUGGCUUCGUGGCGGGAGUGAUCACGGAGGAUAGCGAUUUGAUCGCGCAUGGGUGUCGGAGCGUGUUCACAAAGAUGGCAGGUGAUGGUUCUGGCAUAGAAAUCCGCUUCGAGGAGUUGGGGAGGAAUCGCGGGUUGAGUUUCGUCGGGUUCACGCCCGAUAUGUUUUUGGAAAUGUGCGUACUCAGCGGGUGUGAUUAUUUACCGUCUUUGAACGGCGUGGGGGUGAAGAAGGCGCACAGCCUGAUUCGAAGAUUCAAAACUUACAAUAAGGUCUUGCGUCACAUGAAGUUUGAGGGGAUAGCGGUGCCGAAGGAUUACGAGUCGCGUUUCGUCGACGCGUUGCUCACGUUCAAAUAUUCGUGGGUGUAUUGCCCGCAAAGGCGAGAGAUCGUGAACUUGAACGAUCCAGUGGGGGUGUUGGAUCAGAGUUUGAUUGACGACUUACCGAGACUCAUAGCACAUAGCCGCGUUGGCGCCAUCGACGAGCGCGCCGAUCCUAAGGCCUGA